CCUUGUUUGAAGAGCUCAAAAAGCAUCGCAUUGCAUCAUGGCUUCACGGGUUUCUCGCCGGAUUGCCCAAAAGUUUACGAAAUAUCAACAUUCAUGCUCAUUUUGGAAUAGACCCAGAAAAUCAUCACUACUAUGUCAGAGGCAGUACUGCAGUGCUGGCAGUGCGUCCCCUGUAGAGGGUGUCCCACUGACCCAGCCCCUUCCAGGGAUUCCACAACCCAUAUACGCUGCUGUUUCACAUGACGUUGUGCACACUGACAUAACAACGUUAGACAAUGGGCUGAGAGUUGCAUCCAUGAACAAGUUCGGCCAGUUCUGUACAGUUGGAGUCUUGGUGAAUUCUGGAUCAAGACAUGAAAUAGGUUAUCCAAAAGGCAUUGCACAUUUUAUGGAGAAGACAGCUUUUGGGGAAACAGAGAAGUUUGAAAGUAGAGAUGAAAUCCUUCAAUCGUUAGAAGAACAUGGCGGAAUAUGUGAUUGCCAAGCAUCAAGGGACACACUGGUAUAUGGGGUAUCUGCAAAUAGAGGUGGUUUAGAAGAUGUGAUUCACUUGCUUUCAGAGGUUGUUUUUAAACCAAAGCUCUCAGACACAGAAAUUGAAGAUAGCAGGCAGGCAAUAUUAUUUGAAUUAGAAGCCCUGGACAUGGCUCCUGAUCCAGAGAUAAUGAUGACAGAGCUUAUACAUGCAGCUGCCUAUAAAAACAACACAUUGGGCCUGCCUAGGGUAUGCCCGACGGAGAACAUUCCCCUUAUUGGACGCCCCACCCUCCUACAAUAUAUGAACAACUAUCUGGUCCCUGAGAGGAUGGUCCUGGCCGGGGUCGGCAUGGACCACGAAGCCCUCGUCGACCUCGCAAAACGAUAUUUUGUCAAUACGAAACCGACAUGGAGCACCCCUGAAAUUCAGGAGAUGGGUGGAAGGGUUGAUAAAUCAAUAUCCCAAUACUUUGGAGGAUUACAGAAGAUCAACAAGGACAUGUCCAACAUUGCCCCUGGCACGCCCAUCCCUGAACUUGCCCAUGUGAUCCUGGCCCUGGAGAGCUGUGGGCACCAGGACUCUGACUUCAUCUCCUUCGCAGUCCUCAACAUGCUGAUGGGUGGAGGAGGCUCCUUCUCCGCAGGGGGUCCUGGCAAAGGGAUGUACACCCGUCUCUACCUCAACGUUCUCAACAGGUACCAUUGGAUGUACUCGGCAGCCGCUGUUCAUUACAGCUAUGAGGAUAGUGGCAUCUUCUGCAUACAGGCUAGCUGUCAUCCCAGUAUGGUUCGAGAACUUCUAGAGGUCAUUGUCAGAGAAUUUGUGUACAUGGCAGGAACUGUAGAAGAGGUGGAGCUGAGCAGAGCCAAGCGACAGCUCCAAUCCAUGCUCAUGAUGAAUCUAGAAUCUAGACCAGUCGUCUUUGAAGACAUCGGAAGACAGGUGCUUGCCACAGGAAACAGAAAACAUCCCAGGGAAUAUGUGGAGCUUAUUGAGAAAGUGACAGCUGCAGACAUCAAGCGAGUGGCGAGAAGGAUGCUACAGUCCCAGCCCUCCGUAGCUGCGUUAGGUGACCUCACUAAACUACCAGACUAUGCAGACAUCCAGGCUGGACUGCUCCACAAGGAAGGUCGACUGCCCAGAAAGUAUGCCUUCUUUAGGAGGUGAUUGUGGAGGGAGUUUGUUGUCUUUAUAUUUGUUCAUGUUCAGAGUUUCAAACCUUUGCAAUUGAUGCACUCAAAGAAAAAAAAUCAAACCUGCUUUAGCUCCAUGUACCACCUGUAUAUAAAGACCACCUGUCUCUAACUCAAAUAUCAAAUUUCUGUAUCCUUUAAAUGGUAUUUCUCAUAGAAAUCUGUAUUAUAGGGAACUUCAGUUGAAAGACCACCUGUCUAUAAAGGUCAGAUUUUGUGUUUCUUUUGAGUGGCCUAUAAUUAUGUAGAGGUUUUAUUGUAUUUGCUCAUGAUCAGGUGAGCUCACACCCUUUGCAAUCAACUACGAGCUACAUCAUGAUGUAAAUACAAUCCAACCUGCUUUAGCAACCACCUGGAUAUAAAGACCACAUGUCUAUUUUUGAAAAAAGUAUUUGAUCAAAUAAUCUUUCUCAUGCAAAUCUGUAGUUUAGUAACAUUUUGUUGAAAGACCACUUGAUAAAAGUCACUUUUUUUCUCCUUUGAGCGGUCUUUAUAUACAGGUUUCAUCAUGUUUGGUCAUGAUCAGAAAGAAUUCACCAUUGCAAUCAAAGAAGAGCGCUAUAUUUUGGAUUCUUUUUUUCUUAAUACUUGUUAUUGUUUGAUUUUAAUGUACAAAUACAACCAAUUUGAUAUCUGCAGAUAUGCCAUUGCUACUAAAUCGCGCACACAUCAAAAUACAUUUUGAAAUGCAGAAACAUCAAUUGAUUCUUUGAUUGGUUAUUUUAACUGAUUGCUAAUAAAGGCUGUAUCUGCUAGUAGGAAAGCUCUUUCCAUCCUACGUAUUUAAGUCUGAUUCUAAGGAUUUAGGAGUUAAGGGGUAAUAGUCAAAUGACUUUGUUCUUGAACUGUGUACACGGCCUCUCAAAGCCUUUGCUAUAUACUGAGCUAUACUGUCCCAUUGUAAUAGCUCCCACAGUUUCUAUUUUCUGAAAUAUGCAAUUCUCUGGGUGACUGUCCUGUUGAGCAAAAGUCGCUCAGAUAGGACGGACAGCUGAAUGUCCCUGGAUACUUACAAGCAUAAUAUACAGUUAGGACUUGGGUAAAAUACACCAUCAAAAGCAAUCAGCAAGGAAAAACAAUCACAAUAUCAUUUUCAAAAUUUAUCAACGCAGUAUCCCCAAGCAUGAAUUGUCAGCACUGGAAGAGUUAACUAUGCGGCUUAUAAAGGCUUGCAAUCAUCUGUUCUUUAUUUUUGUUCAUUUUGUUAAUUUUAUUUUUGAUUUGGCUAUUUGCUUAUUGAAAGUAAUAAUCAGUGUUGGUCCAGCCAAUAGCUUUAGUAAAAAUAUCUUAUUUGCCGAAAGGCCAUAUUGGUAUAAUAUAAUAUAAUAUUGGAAACUUCAAAUUCACGGUCUAUGCAUCCGCCAGUAUGGAGAAAUAUUGGACUGGACUGUUGUUGAAUUCCUUAUUGGACAUGGCAAACUAUUCCACAUUACCAAGCCCGAGCCUUCAACUAAUGCUCUUCACCCUUUCUCUUUGAUGACUUUGAUGAUCUUUACCAACAUUGUGUAUUACUUUAAGUUUGUUCACUGAUGAAAUCAUGAUUCAUUGAAUGUUACCCUUGCUUCUGCCUCAUUCUUACCUGAGUGUAAAUGCCAUAUAUCUUGUAUUCAGAAGCUUAAAUAUAGCAUGGGGCAGGUUUCUCAAAUCCAUCCUAAGUCUAAGUUUGUGGACAUCCCAUUGAAGGCGCUAGUUUAAAAGAGAAAUCCAACCUUAACUCAUUACCUACUGGAACCAGGUGGCUCUUGUAUUAAACCUAUAUAGAAUAUGUGAAUUCAGUAGUCAGUUGGUUAAUAGUAAAAUACUCUAAAAGAAAACAACAAAAAUCAGAGAAUCAUAUUGGUAAAAGUUUAAACGAAAGCGGAAAAAAAAUGAAAGAAUUAAACAUUCUUAUAAGUUGUAAUCACUGUAAGUAUGGGCACUCCGAAUUCACUGAAUUUUCAGUGUCACUGUGAAGAAUUACUGGACACCUUUCCCAUUUGUUCCAUCUCACAAAAUUACUAAAAUGUAAAUUUUUCAAAAUGUAUGGCUCAGGAACACUUUUUUCUUUCAAGAGAAUCUUAGUAAUAUAUGCUACCCACACUAUAUUUUUAAUCAUGCCCCAAGCACAGGCACUUGGGAGAAAAAAUAGACAUUCAUGAUAUUCUUGUAUAUAAUAAAUGGGAACGUUGUUCAUGAAUACAUUACAAUCCAGUGACCAAAUUAUCAAUUUGCGAUUCUCAUAGAUUUAUGAUAUCAUGAUCAAAACACUGAUAACUUUCUUAUUAUUGGUCCGAUAUAUUUCAAAGUUCUAUUUCUCUUAUUUUUUUGCUUUCAUACAAAUGACACUAAUACCUAUAACAUACGUUUCUAGGAGAUGUACAUGUACAAGAAAUGAGACUCACAAUGUGUUUUGAGAAACUGGCCAAUGUUGUUCACUUUUCAUUUCCCUUUGUUCCAAUAUUUUGUGAGACAAGUUACAUAUAAUGUAUUCAUAUUUGUUUCUCACAUGUCGGUGUACAGUGUCUUUUUUUUCAUUGCAAAGUUGUGUUGGUAUUCAAUUAUAACUAAUGAUUCAACUGAUUUACCAAAGCUAUUGUAAUUAAUAGUUGGGUUAAAUUUAUUUUAUGAAAUAAUCAGGUUAUUUUAAUUACCCCAUUCUCCCAGUCUGACUCAUUUGGAACUAUCAGAUUUCUCUAGUAGAGAAUUUAUUAGAAGGUUUGGAGUGUUUGCGCUUCAAAGAUCCUAUCCGAUGAAAAUACAACUGAAUACACGUAGAAUACCGGUACAAAUUUAAAGGGAAAAUUAUUGUCUUAAUUAAAACCUCAUAACAUAACAUGUGGACCUGAUCGGCUGGCCUAUAUAGCUGAGGUGAUGGGCUGUGCAUAAUUAAUGUUACUCCU